AUGGCCAGCCCGGAGGAGCGGUUCGCUCCCCGCCCCCAGGCCCCGCUGCCAGCGGCUGGGGACGAGCCUGGUCGCGGCCAAGUCCGUCAGGAACCCCGGCGCGGAGAGGCCAGCGGGUGGAGCGCAGUGGGCCUGAGCUUGGCCCGGGAGCUGCCUGGCUGCGGCCGGGAGGAGCUUGCGGCGCCCCCGCCCCUGUCCCGGUCCCUGUCUCCCGCAGGCCACGCCAGCCCUGCUGGGGGCCCCAGCGCCCUCUCCGCGCUCAGCGCCGGCGGCUGCGGCUGGGUGGCGGCCCGCGCUCCCUCGGCGCUCGCCUUCUCCUCCCCUAUCCCCUCCUCCUCCUUUUCAUCUUCCUGGUACUUCUGGCCGCCGCCCCCCCUGCCCCCUCCCCCUCUCGUCCCCUCCUCAUCUGCCUUCCACCUCCCCGUGCGUCUCCCGAGAAGGGAGGGCGCAGCGGCGGCUGGAGGAGGAGGCGGCGGCGGCGAUGCUGGCGGAGGAGGAGGAGGAGGAGGACAAGAGGCAGCUCCCUUGAGCGUCCCCCCCGGCAGUAGUCACCGCAGCGGCGGUGGCAGCGGCGGGCGGCGGCGGCUCUUCCUCUCGCCUGCGAUCCUAGGCUUGCUGCUCCCAGCCCGCGCCGGGCCCCGGCCACCGCCGCCGCCGCCGCGGCUCCCCCUCCACCCGGGCGCGCGCCGCACAGACUCCCCGGGCUUUCCGGGCGCCGGCGGGGGCUGCCCUGGCCUCGGCCCCGGCUCUGCCGCCGGUGGCCGAACUCCGUGGCGGCCCCGAGGCGCCGCCUUCCCCCUAGCCACCGCCUGGCCGCUGCUCUUCGGCUCCGACAUGGAAGAUGGACCUUCUAACAAUGCGAGUUGCUUCCGAAGGCUGACCGAGUGUUUCCUCAGCCCCAGUUUGACGGAUGAGAAAGUGAAGGCCUAUCUCUCUCUCCACCCCCAGGUCUUAGAUGAGUUUGUUUCUGAAAGUGUCAGUGCGGAGACUGUUGAGAAGUGGCUGAAGAGAAAAACCAACAAAGUGGAAGAUGAAUCGGCUCCUAAGGAAGUCAGCAGGUACCAGGACACGAACAUGCAGGGAGUUGUGUACGAGCUGAACAGCUACAUAGAGCAGCGCCUGGACACAGGUGGGGACAACCACCUGCUCCUCUAUGAACUGAGCAGCAUCAUCAGGAUAGCCACAAAAGCCGACGGAUUUGCACUGUACUUCCUUGGAGAGUGCAAUAAUAGUCUCUGUGUGUUCACACCUCCCGGAAUAAAGGAAGGUCAACCCCGGCUUAUCCCUGCAGGACCCAUCACCCAGGGCACCACCAUCUCUGCUUAUGUGGCCAAGUCUAGGAAAACGCUGCUUGUGGAGGACAUCCUUGGGGACGAACGAUUUCCGAGAGGCACUGGCCUGGAAUCAGGAACUCGAAUCCAGUCUGUUCUCUGCUUGCCCAUCGUCACUGCCAUUGGAGACUUGAUUGGCAUUCUUGAACUGUACAGGCACUGGGGCAAAGAAGCCUUCUGUCUGAGUCAUCAGGAGGUUGCAACGGCCAAUCUUGCUUGGGCUUCCGUAGCAAUACACCAGGUGCAGGUGUGCAGAGGUCUCGCCAAACAGACCGAACUGAAUGACUUCCUGCUGGACGUUUCAAAGACAUACUUCGAUAACAUAGUUGCCAUAGACUCUCUACUUGAACACAUCAUGAUAUAUGCAAAAAAUCUAGUGAACGCCGACCGCUGCGCGCUCUUCCAGGUGGACCACAAGAAUAAGGAGCUGUACUCGGACCUGUUUGACAUUGGGGAGGAGAAGGAGGGGAAGCCGGUCUUCAAGAAGACCAAGGAGAUCAGAUUUUCGAUUGAGAAGGGGAUUGCUGGCCAAGUAGCAAGAACAGGAGAAGUCCUGAACAUUCCGGAUGCGUACGCAGACCCACGUUUUAACAGGGAAGUGGACCUGUACACGGGCUACACCACACGGAACAUUCUGUGCAUGCCCAUAGUGAGCCGUGGCAGCGUGAUCGGCGUGGUGCAGAUGGUGAACAAGAUCAGUGGCAGUGCCUUCUCCAAGACGGACGAGAACAACUUCAAGAUGUUUGCUGUCUUCUGUGCUUUGGCCUUGCACUGUGCUAAUAUGUACCACAGGAUCCGCCACUCAGAGUGCAUCUACAGGGUUACCAUGGAGAAGCUGUCUUACCACAGCAUCUGCACUUCAGAGGAGUGGCAAGGCCUGAUGCGUUUCCACCUGCCGGCGCGCAUCUCCCGAGAGAUCGAGCUAUUCCACUUUGACAUCGGUCCUUUCGAGAACAUGUGGCCUGGGAUCUUUGUCUACAUGAUCCAUCAGUCUUGUGGGACAUCCUGCUUUGAACUUGAAAAAUUAUGUCGUUUUAUCAUGUCUGUGAAGAAGAACUAUCGACGGGUUCCUUACCACAACUGGAAACAUGCAGUCACGGUGGCACACUGCAUGUAUGCCAUACUUCAAAACAACUAUGGCCUCUUUACAGACCUCGAGCGCAAAGGCCUGCUAAUUGCGUGUCUGUGUCACGACCUGGACCACAGGGGCUUCAGUAACAGCUACCUGCAGAAAUUCGACCACCCCCUGGCCGCACUGUACUCCACCUCCACCAUGGAGCAGCACCACUUCUCCCAGACAGUGUCUAUCCUGCAGCUGGAAGGGCACAACAUCUUCUCCACCCUGAGCUCCAGCGAGUACGAGCAGGUGCUGGAGAUCAUCCGCAAAGCCAUCAUCGCCACUGACCUCGCCCUGUACUUCGGGAACAGGAAGCAGCUGGAGGAGAUGUACCAGGCAGGGUCGCUGAACCUCCACAACCAGUCACAUCGAGACCGUGUAAUCGGGUUGAUGAUGACUGCCUGCGAUCUUUGUUCUGUGACGAAGCUAUGGCCAGUUACAAAACUGACAGCAAAUGAUAUCUACGCAGAAUUCUGGGCUGAGGGCGAUGAGAUGAAGAAGCUGGGGAUACAGCCCAUCCCAAUGAUGGACAGAGACAAGCGGGACGAGGUCCCUCAAGGACAGCUUGGAUUCUACAAUGCCGUGGCCAUUCCGUGCUACACCACACUGACGCAGAUCCUCCCGCCCACAGAGCCGCUGCUGAAGGCCUGCAGGGAUAAUCUCAAUCAGUGGGAGAAGGUGAUUCGUGGGGAGGAGACUGCGUUGUGGAUUUCAGCCCCAGCAGCUGGCAAGGGGGCAUCUGAGAAGCUGCCUGUGAAGGUUGAUGACUGAUCCCGGCGAAGCACUCGCCUGGCGACUGACCCUCAUCCUGCUUCUUUGACUUCGUUCCUUUUAUUUUUAAGCGGGGGAAACCUCUCCCAGAAGGUACCAUCACACACACACACACACACACACACACACACACACACACACACACACACACGUGAAGCAGACGACCCCUGCUUGCCGCUCACGCCUUGGACAGUGAGCAACCUGGGCUCCACCUGCCUUCUGAAUGCCAUCCGCGAACAGGCCAGCGGUGCGCUGGCCUUGGAGGUGGGCAGAGACCACAAGAGGGCUUCUUGCCUGGGUCCUUCCAUGAGGGUGUGGCCAGUACCCUGGUUCUGUGCUUCAUCUCUGUGGCAAUGCUGCUUGGUGGCAUUGGUUAUAAACAGGACAUAUCACCUCCUUGUUGUGGCCUGGGACAUAGGUAACGAAGGUCACAACCCGCGUGUGAUAGAGAAAUUCAAGUUGCUGAUUGUAGGCAGACUAAGGGUGUGUUCCUUCAGUUUAUUUGGGGGCAUACAGGCAAGUCAGCUCCACGGAAGGAAGAAGACCUCUGCCCUUGGUCGAGGAGACACAGGGUACAUCCCAGGCAUCUGAAAAGUGCAGCUCUUACUUCAAACCAUGUCAAAAAUUAAAACACUUUCCCCCUCACUGUAGACUGUAGCCUUCAGCAACUUUAACGAAAUCCUUUGCACAGAGAAAAUAAAAACAAGGCAUAUAAAUUUCCUCCAGCAAGAAGAUCUGUGAGUAAACAAUGUGAAUUUUCAAA